UUGAUUUUUAAAACAUUUUGUGACGGUAAAUAUAAUCGCGAAGCUCGCAACACUCUGGACGAAAGUUUGACAGAUCACAGUGCAGUGUUCUGUAGUGUACACAGUUAACGUGUUUGUGGUUCUAACUAACUUAUUUUUAUGUAGUGAUAUUUUUAAACUAAAACAAAAUGGCAACAACAAUGGAGGCGUCUCAGUCUCUCAUCCAGUCGGAGUCCAGAGUCAGUUACCAGGAGGUGCACGUCACGGAGAGGACCAAGAAGAAAAGCAAGACACGACGGCAUAAGGACGAGGGAUCUAUAUCAGUGUCCAAGAGCUCCGAGAAGCUGUUCAAGAAGAUGAAGGCGGCAGAGGGAGACAACCCGACCUGCGCCAAGUGCGCCCGGCCCGUGUACGCCAUGGAGAGGGUGAAGGCGGAGAGGCGCUCCUGGCACAGGGACUGCUUCAGAUGUGUGCAGUGUGACCGACAGCUCACCGUGGAGUCCUACGAGAGCGACCACACCGCCCUGUACUGUAAGCCACACUUCAAGCAGCUGUUCGAGCCCAAGCCGGUGGAGCACGACGAGCUGGACGCGGCUCCCAAGAAGCACCAGAUGAUUAUAUGUGAGAGCCAGCCGGUGGAACUUCCGCCGGACGUCGUCAGAGCAUCAGACAAACCCGAGCUGGGCCUGGAGGAGCUGGCGGCGCUGGACGUGAAGUCCAGGUUCCAGGUGUUCGAGAAGAAGAACACGGAGGAGGUGAAGAAGGAAGACCUGGGACGAGCGCCCAAAGGGAAGAGCGCCGCCGUACUGGCGAAGAUGGCCAAAUUCAAAGCCAAAGGUAUGGACAUCGGCGUGUCGGAGGAGGCUCUGAACGGAGUGACCCUGGAACCCUCCUCCAGCGACCAGGAGGACGACGACGACGAUGACUCGGUAUUGAAGAAGUCGUACUCCCACAAGGCGAUGGUGGAGGCGCCCUCGGUAGAACUGUCCGAGCUGGUGGGCAGGUUCGAGAGACCCAGACCCUCCAGGCAUCAGCAGAGGAAGCAGGAGAUACAGAACAUUAGGAGCAGGCUGUUCCUGGGGAAACAAGCCAAAAUAAAGGAGAUGUAUGAACAGUCGGUGCUACAGUGUGAACAGAGUGUGACGUCAGCGGACAAGAUCGCCAAGGAGCUGGAGGUGGACGCGGAGAAGGCGCGGGCCAUCAAGCAGAGGUUUGAGAACGGGGAGAUAUACAACGACGAGAACCGGCCGCCCAGGAACAGAGACCUCGACGACAGAGCGCUCUUCGACGACGGUAUCGCCAAGAAGUCUCGUUCCAUCUUCCUGGAGCUGGACGCCAACGCCAAGCACGCUUCGCCCGGGACCCCCGGCACCCCCACCGCCGAGCCUCCAAGGAGGAAGGAGAUACCCUUCGUGCCCAAGGACGUGAUCCGCGCCGCCGACAAGCUGGAGGACGUGAAGAUAGAAACCUCCGACAUACACGACAGGUUCCAGUUCUUUGAGACUUACAAGCCGCAGGUGACGCGCAAGGAGUUCCGGGUCACGCCGCCCAGAGAACCACAGCGCCCCAAGUCACCCUCGCCAGAGAUCUACCACGAGCCGAGUGUGGUGAGGAGCGACGAGCCUCCCGCGGACGCCGGGCUGGCGGCCAGCAGGCACACGGCGUCCAAGAUGAUAGACGUGUUCCGGAAGAUGGAACAGGACAGGAACAGACCCGACGACUGCCAGGGUCCGAAGCCCCUGAAACGCUUCACGCCCCCUCCCCCGGGAGAGUCCGAGCGACACGGGAACACCAGCACCUCCUCCGAGUACAGCGAGGACGAGGACAGCGACGACGAGGGGCUCAGGAGGUACCAGCAGGCCCGGGAGCAGGACGAGGCGCUCAGACAGGCCCAGCAGUUGGCGCGCACCAAAAGCUUCAGGGACAGAUUCGAGAACUGGUCAGAGAGCGAGAGAGACGCCGAGCCACGCUCGCCCUCCGCUGACCCGAGACACCUGCUGGACGACGGACAGUCACAGCUGGAGACGGCUAAGAGCCUCCGGGAGAAGUUCGAGAUGAUGAAGAUGCAGACGACCGUCACCAAGUCCGUCACGCCCAAGGUCAACAGAUUUGUGUGAGCCGUCUCCGCCGCCCGCCCUGUACCAAAGCUCGUCCUGCCCGCGCCGAGUCCACACACGUCGUGUCGUCGGACUCCGCUCUGAUAUAUUAGGAUCCAUUUUAUUUACUUCUCGUAUAUCCGUGCGCUUACUACAAGUCCCCGACCCCACACUACGUACGGAGCGUCUGGAGUUUUCCGUUCAUAAACCAAACGUUAAAUGUUUUGUCGCCGCGUGCGUCGUGUGGGUCGCAGCCUCGUGGUAGGCGUGGCGUAGUGUAAGGGAUCUAGUCUUAACGUAUCGUAAGCUAAAUUUAAUUCGACGGAUGUUAUAAUGUUGUUGUUGUUGUGAGUCCUCCCCGUGCGGCGCUGGUCUCCGAGCGCCGCCUGCACGGACUCGCGUCUUCUACGUAUUUCACUAUUCAGUCUCUACGCGUCUCUACAACAGGUUUAUAUAUUCCCUUGUAUUUAAUAUAUUUUUAGUAUUUCCGUCGCCCGCCAAGUCGUCUCUAACAGAUGUUAACGAGUCCCGCGUCUUCCUCCGCGCUUCUGUAACUUAUUGUUAUCGUUUUAUUAUAAUCAUUAUCUUUGUUUGUAAUCUCAAUAACGUUUUGUACUUAACGUGUCUCUCCUGUAUGUUUGUACUCGGACUCCGAAAUAAAUAAUAAACGUGAUUAUCUA